AACAGCUUACACAAAUUCUGCGUCUCCCCUCUUAUUUUUCUUGCUCCAGAACCCUAGUCUUAAACCCUCAAUCUAGCCAAGGUUGAAAUCGGUAAUGGCUACUUCUCUGCUUCUUCGGAACCUAAGGCAUCAAAAGCUUCACACUUCUUCUUUAGCUGCCUGCGGAUCCUUGAUUGGUGGCAGUGCAAAGAGACCACUUGCUGCUUCUCCUUUUGUUAACAAAUGGGCAUCAUUGGCAAGACCUUUUAGCUCUAGACCCAUUGGCAAUGAUGUUAUUGGUAUUGACUUGGGUACUACAAAUUCGUGUGUUUCAGUGAUGGAGGGAAAGACUCCCAAAGUUAUUGAGAAUGCUGAAGGUGCUCGAACCACUCCAUCAGUGGUUGCCUUCGACCAAAAGGGGGAGUUGGUUGUGGGAACCCCAGCCAAACGUCAGGCUGUGACCAACCCAUCAAACACAUUUUUUGGUACGAAACGUCUGAUUGGGAGACGUUUUGAUGACAGUCAUACACAAAAAGAAAUGAAGAUGGUGCCUUAUAAGAUUGUUAGAGCUCCCAAUGGUGAUGCAUGGGUUGAAGCCAAUGGGCAAAAGUAUUCUCCAAGUCAGAUUGGGGCAUUUGUUCUUACCAAGAUGAAAGAAACUGCUGAGGCGUACCUUGGUAAAACAGUGUCUAAAGCUGUGGUAACUGUUCCUGCUUAUUUUAAUGAUGCACAACGACAAGCAACAAAGGAUGCUGGAAAGAUUGCUGGUCUAGACGUUCAGAGAAUCAUUAAUGAACCAACUGCUGCUGCCCUGUCUUAUGGGUUAAACAACAAAGAAGGUCUUGUAGCUGUUUUCGAUCUUGGAGGUGGAACAUUUGAUGUUUCUAUCUUGGAAAUCUCAAAUGGUGUUUUUGAGGUCAAAGCCACAAAUGGAGAUACCUUUUUGGGAGGGGAAGACUUUGACAAUGCACUGCUGGAAUUCUUAGUGAGCGAGUUCAAGAGAACUGAUGCAAUUGAUCUCUCGAAGGACAGGCUUGCCCUGCAGAGGCUUCGGGAAGCAGCUGAAAGGGCUAAGAUAGAACUCUCAUCUACAAGUCAGACUGAUAUCAACCUUCCAUUUAUAACUGCUGAUGCUUCUGGUGCUAAACAUUUAAAUAUAACCCUCACCAGAUCAAAGUUUGAGAGUUUGGUGGAUCAAUUGAUUUCAAGGACUGUAAAUCCAUGCAAGAAUUGUUUAAAGGAUGCUGGGAUAUCAGUCAAAGAAGUGGAUGAAGUUCUGCUUGUUGGAGGUAUGACCCGGGUCCCCAAGGUACAACAGAUUGUUGCAGAAAUCUUUGGGAAGAGCCCAAGCAAAGGAGUUAAUCCUGACGAGGCAGUUGCCAUGGGAGCCGCAAUUCAAGGUGGUAUCCUUCGUGGAGAUGUUAAGGAGUUGCUCUUGUUAGAUGUGACUCCAUUAUCACUUGGUAUUGAAACUCUUGGAGGCAUCUUCACCAGACUGAUCAACAGAAACACAACCAUCCCUACUAAGAAGUCACAGGUCUUCUCUACUGCUGCUGAGAACCAAACUCAGGUAGGCAUUAAAGUUCUUCAAGGUGAACGUGAAAUGGCAGCUGACAACAAGCUUUUGGGGGAGUUUGAACUUGUUGGUAUUCCACCUGCACCUAGAGGCAUGCCACAAAUUGAGGUGACCUUUGACAUUGAUGCAAAUGGAAUUGUUACCGUUUCUGCUAAGGAUAAGUCAACAGGUAAAGAACAGAACAUUACAAUCCGAUCUUCUGGAGGCCUCUCAGAGGAUGAGAUUGAAAAGAUGGUCAAGGAGGCUGAGCUUCAUGCUCAAAGAGAUCAGGAGAAAAAAACUUUGGUUGACAUUAAAAAUAGUGCUGACACAACCAUAUACAGCAUCGAAAAAAGCUUGGGUGAGUAUCGGGACAAGAUUCCUGCUGAGGUUGUGACAGAAAUAGAGUCUGCCGUGGCAGAUCUGAGGAAAGCUAUGGCUAAUGAUGACGUUGAUGAGAUUAAGGCAAAGAUUGAUGUUGCAAAUAAAGCUGUUACAAAGAUUGGAGAACACAUGUCUAAAGGCUCGGGUGGAUCAUCCUCGGGAGGGUCUGAGGGCGGUGAGCAGCAGCCUCCAGAAGCAGAAUAUGAGGAGGUCAGGAAAUAGAUGGUUUCUUUUGCCAGAUUAAAUGAUACAAGAUACCCAUUUCUAAAAAAAUUCGGUGAUGGUGUGCCUAAUUUAGAGUAGACUUUAUUUUAUAAUUGACUGAGAAGAUUGGGAAAGCAAUCUUAAAUUGGCCCCGACAAAUGUCGAAUAAGUUUUGAUUUCAUUUUUGCUGCUUCUCAAAGGUACAUUGUUAUCAUCUUGAGAAUGAAAAAUAUCAAAUUGUUCGUGUUUUUUCCUGAUUA